UAAAAAUUGUUUCCUAAGACAAUUUGAAUUUGCUACACAGGAAACCAAAUAAAAGCGAACCUUGCAAUUCAUAAACUCAGGAAACAUUGUGUUUUCUGAGAUAAUAAAUUUUUUUCUGAGACAAUCCUCACGCAAAACUUUAAUUAAUAUUGCAAGUCAUACACUCAGAAAACAUGUUUCCUGAGUUCAGAAAUUGUUGAUAUUUGAGUUUCAAAAAAUAAAACUUACUAAUAAUGAGCUAUUAGAUUUGAUACUCAGGAAACACACUAGCCGUUAGUUGAUAAAACUACAAAUAAAAGUGGAUUAAUAUGCAAUUUUUGGAUUAACUCCUGAGAUAAAUUGAAUUGAGAUAAAUUUUCUGAUCAUUUUCAGUUUUUGUCAUUUUCAAUUAUUCUGAGAUAUAGUUUGUCUCGGAAAAUAAAAAUUGUUCCCUGAGACAAUUGAAUUUGCUACACAGGAAACCAAAGAAAAGCGAACCUUGUAAUUCAUAAACUCAGGAAACAUUGUGUUUUCUAAGAUAAUAAUUUUUUUUCUGAGACAAUCCUCACGCAAAACUUUAAUUAAUAUUGCAAGUCAUACACUCAGAAAACAUUGUGUUUUCUGAGAUUUUUUUUAACACUAAACUAUAAAUGUUUUUUGUAGCAGUUAUGAAGUUGUCUUAAAUGUGAAAACAGUACUUCAUGAAACGGUUUAUUCUUAAUUUUAAAGCUUCCUGAUUUUUUCAGUGUUUUAAAUGAUUCCUGAGACAGUCUUUCUUCUCAGAUGUUGGUCUUGGGAAAGAUUUUCAAAUAUCGAACAUAAAUACUAAAAUUUUUCAAAAAGCGUCAUUUGUGUUGAAAUUUCAUAAAAAAAUGAGUCCUGUUUCCUGAGUUUUUAAGUUUUUUUCAGCACUAAAUUAUAAAUGUUAUUUCAAGCAAUUAUAAAGUUAUUUUAAUAUAAAAACAAUACUGCAAGAAACAGUUAAAUCUUGAUCUUGAAGUUUCCUGAGAUUUUCAGUUUUUAUUCCUGAGACGGUUUUUCUUUCAGAUGUUUCCCAAUCAUAAAUACUAGAAUUUUUCACGAAACCGUCAUUUCUGUUCAAAUUCUGGAAAAAAAAAGAUCAAAUCUUGAAAAUGAUGUUUUCUGGGUUUUAAUAUUUCUGACUCAGUUUUCUCAACAAUGAAAUUACAAAAAAUUACUGAAAAUAUGAAAAAAAAAAUCUUAAAAAAAUGAUGAAAUCUAAUGUUUCCUGCGACAUUCAGUUUUCUGAAACGGUCUUCUGAGAAAUUAUUCCUGAGAAACAACUUCAAAUCAGGAAAUAAUUAAAUCAAAAACAAUACAUCAAGACGAAACAAGUACAUUUCCUGAGUUUUAAUCUUUCUGAGUCGGUUUUUGCAACAACAAAUAUUACAAAUGUCAAUGAUUUCUGAGAUAAAUUCAAGAAAAUAUUGUAAAAAAGCGGUUUCUUUUCAAAAUCCAUAAAAAAAAAAUCAUUCAAUCUAAUGUUUCCUGCGUCAUUCAGUUUUUAGAUGUUUUCUGAGACGGUCUUCCGACAACAAAUAUUACAAAAUGAAUGUCAGCAAUUUCUGUGACAUAAAUUUAAAAAAUAUCGUAAAAAGAAACAUUUCUGUUCAAAAUCCUUCAAAAAUUUAUUAAACCAAAUGUUUCCUGCGCCAUUCAGUUUUUUUGCAUGUUUUCUGAGAGUCUUUCUUAUGAGAAUUAGUUUCUAAAAAACAAUUUCAAAAUAAAUUACAACAAAUCAAGAAAUAAUUAAAUCUUAAAUAGAGUAUAUCAAGACGAAACAGGUAUGUUUCCUGAGUUUUAAUGUUUCUGAGACAGUUUUUCCGACAACAAAUAUUACAAAUGUAUGCUAUGAUUUCUAAGAAAAUAUAAUGAAAAAAAAACGUUUUUGUUCAAAAUCCUACAAAAAAUUAUUAAAUCUAAUGCUUCCUGCGUCAUUCAGUUUUCAGAUGUUUUCUGAGACAGUCUUUCUUCUAAGAAAUUGUUCCUGAGAAACAAUCUCAACAUAAAUGAACUUAAUUAACUAAAUCAUAAACAAUAAAAAAAUAUCAAAAUGUAACAACUAUGUUUCCUGACUCAAUUUCUGAGCCAGAUUCUCAGUAGUUUCGGUGAAAUUGAAAUUGUCUCAAAAUCAAAGACACGUUUCGAAAAAUCUAAUUUACAAUCCCUUUAACAUUUUCUAAGAUAGUUUCCGAAAAAAUUUCGUGAGAAAUGAAACAACUAUGUUUCCUGAGUCAAUUUCUGUUUUAUUUUAUCUACGAAUUUUUUGUCACUUUCUUAAUCAUAAAUUUGAUGAAAGAAAGGGGUAUUUCCUGAGAAACUAAUUGUUUCCUGCGAAAAAAUUUCGUAAUAAGUGUGAAUGUUGUGCCGCCUCUGCUUUCGCGUAGAGUAAUUCACGUGUUCUAAUUCUUAAUUUAAGGUAAAAGUAAUAACUCACAGUAAUAACCAGUAUUGAAGCAGAAUUUAGUAAAUGUAGCAAGAAAUAAGCAAGAAACGUUGUGUGUUUGUACUAUAAUAACUUCGAAUUCGUUGUAUUUUUGUUGACAAACAAACAAACAAACAAACAAACAAACAAAUUCUAGUCGGAAAUAACAGACUUGUUGGCAAUCGCUGGUUUUUAAAUGUAAACAAAUUGAAUUUAAUUUAUUGUACAAUAUCGAAAUAAUAACCGUUCGAUUUGCAUUUAAAGCCUUUUUCAGCUGGUUCUCAGACAACAACAGCCGACGUGAUCUUUAUACAGAAAACGUGUUCUGAUAAAUAAAUGGCAAAUUAAGUAAAUUGUCAUCAUUUCGAGUUUUGCAUUCUUGCGAAAAAAUUAUCAUAAACUUUUCCAUGGAUGCACUGGAAUGCAUAACGAGAUGACUCUUAACCCGAAAUGCUGAAAUGCGAACCGUUAUUAUGAGAAAAAAAACAAGGUUGUCUGAAAAUGUCUGAAAACUAAUUAUUUCAAGUACUUAAAUAAAUUAUUUUCUGUUUGAUUGUUUUGUUGAUUGAUUCUUUAUGUACUUGUUGUAUCUUUUGUACAGUAUUUUAUUAUUAUUUUUAUUAUAUUCAAAGUAUUUUUGUAUUGUUAUUUUUAAGAAAUUAUGGUGACUUAUUAUGUAAAACACGAUGUAUUAGACUGGCAUAACUUAUUAAAUAUUUAUUGUAGAUUUAGAUAAUAAAUCACUAAAACACAACACUUUUUUCCCUUUUUUGUUAUCAAGUGGGACACAGGGGCGGACUCUGAAAAUAUCAUGUAUCACAAUUCUACUCCUGUGAUCAGUUCGCCCAUUAGUUUGCUCGAGAUGAACGUCGCGUAUUUUCUCGCCUUUUUUCUCCUUUCAGCAGCGUCUGGUGACGACUGCAUUUCCGACAAAUCCCAACUGGCCCACAUCCGUCUCCGCAAAGCCCUCUUAUGUGACUACGACCGCAACCUGCGCCCCGUCCUCGCCUACAAAGACCCCGUCCGUGUCUUCAUCCGCAUGGUCCUCAAAUACUACAACUACGACAUCCACGACAACAGCUUCACCAUCGACAGCUGGUUCGCCAUGUCAUGGGUCGACCAGCACCUCAAAUGGGCCCCCGACGACUACGACGCCCUCACCACCCUCCACCUCGCCGACGCCGACAUCUGGGUCCCCGACCUCUCCGUCUACAACCGCCGCGAGCAGUCGGGGAAUCCCGCAGUCUUCGACCAAGCCACCUGUCUCGUCUCCCAUCUGGGACAAGUCUCCUGUGUGCCCCCCGUGCACCAUACCAGCAUUUGUGUCGCCGAUUUGACCAAAUACCCAUUCGACACCCAUAAUUGUACCAUCAGGUUCGGGUCAUGGGUGCACAGUGGCGAGGAAUUGGACAUACAAGUCGCCAAAAAUGGGAUUAAUACCGAGGAUUUGGUCCCGAAUGGGGAGUGGGAAUUGGAGGAAACUAGGAUUGUUAAACAUCCCGGGAUUUUUAAAUGUUGCCCCAAUAACACCUACCCUUCCAUUAAUUUCAGUUUCAGGAUACGGAGACAAGCGGGGGCGCACGCCGCGAGUGUCAUUCUCCCGGCUAUUGCACUAAUAAUCCUAACUUUUGCUUCUCUCUGGUUAUCACCCCAAAAUAACCAAAGACUCGUCCUGUGUUACAUUAAUUUAGUUAAUGAGUUUCUCUACGUGCAGUAUAUUUCAUGGAUGGUACCAAUGUCAGGCGAUAAAAUUCCCCUAAUUCUUUUAUUCGCCCGUGAUUCUCUCCUGUUAUCAGCCUUCGCAGUGGUGUUUAGUUUGAUGGUGAAAAACAUGGCGGAGCGUGACAACAAGAUGGCGCCGGCAUGGGUGUCCAAAAUUGUGUGUGUUUUCGUGGCUUUUAAACCGGGACAAGUCAUUUUCCUCGACGAAACUUCGUUUAAAGCGUUGGGUAAUGAGGAAGAUGGCGCUGCUAUUCUUCCACAAGAUGGCGGCCAGAAGACGAGCGAAUGGCGGAUUUUGGGGCAGAUUUUGGACCGAAUCUUCUUUCUCAUCUAUUUGGUCGUUUAUUUAGUCAUGAUUAUCGGGUUCACCCCCUAGAAUUUAUUUUUUUGACAACAUAUGUAACAGUUUUGUACAUUUAUCAAAUAAAUAGGCAAUAAAAAGUU